GAGCAAUUUUGGUAAGCAAAUCAGUUUUGUGGAGUCAGGCCGGAGGAAGAGAAUAUUGUCACAUCAAGCAGUUCUCUAACAAAUCAUCCUCACCAAAGAAAAAUGGAAUUUUUUAAUGCUCUGACAUUAAUAGCAGGGAUUCUAGUUGCUUUAAUAUUGCUGGCUGUAGUAGCAACUGAUUAUGAUGGCUUCAAGGCGGAAAUUCCUCCUGAAGUUGACCAGCCUUUAAAGCUCUGCUUAUAUCAUUGCUUAUAUGUUCUGAUGGAAAUUAUGGCAAAGAACUUAGAAAAUUUGGGUAUCUUUGAGGAACAUACACUUAUCCGGUUUGUUUCUCACGGACUGCCAGCAUGCAAGGAUUCAAAGCUCUUCAUAAAGGAUCUGCAUUUUGAUGAGGUACCAGUGAGGAUUUACCUUCCAAGAGUGCCAUCUGCAAGCAAACGGAGAGGACUGAUCUUCUUCCAUGGAGGAUGUGGGAUGUUCGGAAGCAUCAGAAGCUAUGAAAGAACAUGCCGGUACAUAGCCAGCAAAUCCGAUUCAGUGGUUAUAUCUGUUGGGUAUCGUUUAUCUCCCGAGCAUAAGUAUCCGGGCCAAACUUUGGACUGCCUCACCGCUACCGUGCGUUUUUUGCAGACUGCAGCAGACUACGGUGUGGAUUCUGACCGUAUCAUCCUCUGUGGGGACAGCGCAGGGGGCACUUAUACUGCUCGGGUUUGCCAAGAACUGGCAAAUAGAACAGAUUUCCCAAACGUAUGUGCCCAGGUGAUGAUCUAUCCAUUUCUCCAAGCACUGAACUUUAAUCUGACCUCUCACCAGAAAAAUGCUUUCAUUCCCAUAUUGUCCUGGAAACAUACAGUCCAUUUUAUCCUGAAGUACUUGAAUAAGGAUCCCUCUAUGAAAGAAGCCAUUUUGGCAGGUUCUCACGUUCCCGAGAGCAUCAGUUUGAAAUAUGGGAAAUGGAUAAAUCCAGACCUUAUCCCAAAUAAAUUUAAACAGGGCUAUAAACCACCAUUGCCCACUUCAUGUGUAACUCAAAUCUAUGAAGAAAUGAAAGAAGUGUUUGAGGCAGCAUUUUCCCCUCUGUUAGCAGAAGAUUCGGUUGUUUGCCGCGUACCUGAUGCCUGUAUAGUUACCUGUGGGCAUGAUGUGCUCAGGGAUGAUGGACUGUUGUACAAGAAACGGUUAGAGGACAACAACGUUAAAGUGACCUGGUACCACGUUGAAGAAGGCUUCCAUGGUGCCCUGGCAUUUUUUGGUUACGGUAUUUUCUCUUUUCCAUCGUCAAGUAAGAUAGCGGACCAUACUAUAGCCUUUAUAAAAGGCUAUUAAAAUGCUUUCUAGAAUACAGUGAAAUAUAUUAGGUGGACUGCAUGUAGUCCAGUGAAAUUUAUCAUAUGUGCUAUCUAUCUGUAUGUUAGAAUCUGGGCAAGAAACACUGAGUUAUGAUAGCAUGGUCCACUGAAUUCUGAUUUUAAAUUGAUAUUAAAUGGGAAUGUGAUCUA